UAUUUUGCAGCUCUGUAAUGUCAUAAAUAUUUGUAUACUUGGGCUCCAAUCGCAUGGCUUUUGCUACGAGUUUUAAAGCGCUUCUUAUGGAGUAAAAGUUGAAAAGUUGAAGCUUCGUCUUAAAUUAAGACCAUGGACCGUGACCCAGAAGGCCAUCAUUUCAUGUCCCUGAGACUUUCCAGAGUUCUGAGGGACAUCGGCGUCACCAGACAGAUGGUGACUCGGAGGAGGAGGACAUUCCUGUUUGCGGAGAAGGUUUCAACUGUAAAUAGACUUAUAAGAUGUGAUGCAAAGUAUAACGCGUUUGUUUUUGGUAGCCAAUCGGAAGGAACAACAACUCUAGGCAUGAAUUCAGAUAUAGAUACUUUUGCAUGGGAAAAACAUUUUAAUGUCAUAAAAUAUUGGUCAGAAUGGGAGCAAGGGGAGAUGAAUCUUUUGAUAAUAAAGAACGAUUGUUCUCCGCCCCAACACUGCUGUUUACAGAUGGUGAGACAUGACUGUCCUUUGCCCGUCACACGGGAGAUGGCGACAGCAAAUUUGGAUAUGGCGGAGACAAUGGAUGGCAUGGUGCUACUGAAAAACACUUGGUUGGAUAAUCCAAUGGAGCAGAUAUUUGGUCGGUUAUUUAGGAAACAAGGGCCCUCAAGAAGUGCUUUGAAAUAUUUAGACGUAAUAGUCGCGUUAAAAUACAGCGGACUGUUGUUUGAAUGCAAUUUCCUAUUCACAAGACCAAAGCCUGGUCACUGGCCGAGACCUGAAAUACUCGCGCAGGCACGUCAGUGUGAAACCUUCCUCGUUCCACAAGGACACGCUGAGAGUGAUCAGUCACAACUGGAAUGGAGGUUUUCUACGUCACUGAUUGAAAGACUGCUCAUGUUUGAUCUCAAUAUUUUGAAAAUACAGGUUUAUAUAUUUCUUAAAAUCUUACGAACGUCUUUUUUCAAACCGUUAAUUGGUGAUAGACUUAGCACGUUUCAUUUCAAAACAGCUCUAUUGUUCACCCUAGAGACAUAUCCACCAGAGAUCUGGCAGGAGCGUAACCUGCUGCAGUGUGUUAUAUACUGCCUGAAAACUCUUCAACGAUGGUUCAACCUUCGGCACUGUCCACAUUACACAAUCUCGGGAGUGGACCUGUUUGUAGGAAAACUGAGAAAAUGGGAAUUUCCUCUCCUGUCAGCCGUUCUGUCUGACAUGAUAGACAACAUCAUGGACUAUGUCUCCCAGAUAGAAAUGGACCAAAUAGGGGUGAGGAUUGGUAACAUAUGCAGAUCAGUCAGUACAGGAUAUCAGAACUCAUUAGCUACAGUGAGGUUUUGCUUUGAUUGGACUUUAAACGAUAUAUUCGAAUUGUAUUGGAGAUGCACGAUUGAAAGAAUUGACAUUUCUAAAACAAGGAGCAUUCUCAUAAAGGUUCGUGAGAUUCUUUAUGACUCCUAUAUAUGGGAAGAAUUACAGCAUGCACAGACGUUCCUAUACCAAUAUCUUGCCUCCGUGACAGCAUCUAGGUGUCUUCGCCUGAAAAAUCGAAUACCAUCAGACGUUUACCGCCUGUACGAGGUCUCUCUAGACUCAGAUCUCACCUCCAGCAGAUUGAAGUUUGCAUCUAUGAUGUACUGCAGUGGUCAGUAUGAGAGGGCUUAAUUCAUUAGAAAUAUGUUGUGUACCUGGGUUCCUAGUAUACGAGAUGCAUAGAACGAUUCGCCCUGAAGAUUUUCACCACAGACGUAAAUCAUUCGAUGAUUGGAUGGACGUUGUAGUCAUUGACUCCAAACCCUUUCUGUUCUACCUGCAGUACCUCACGUUCAGACAACUGGGAGAAGAGAGAAGACUGGAAGCACUCGAUAAGCUACACAACUACGUUUGUGUUGAGAGUAGAGGGUGUGGUUAUAUAGAUACAGCCCUGAAUGUACUUGGUCACUGCUAUGAACUAGAGAACCGGUAUGAACUUGCAUGGACAUGCUACAGAAAAUCCCUCGGGCUCCUUCCUUACAACAACGCAGCUAGCUGGCAUAUAGCCUUGGCAUGUUACAGAGAAUUUCUAAAAGAAUCUCCCGACAACAACGCAGCAAUAUGGCAUUUAGCCUUGACUACAGAGAAAUCAUUAAUGUUCGUGGGGCAUUAAUGUUCGUGGUUUUCGUGGGUUGGGUGAUCCACGAAUUCAAGAAUAAAACGAACUUCAUGGUGUUUCAUCAAUAACUACAUGUAUUUACAUUUCGAACAGGACAUUUAUUAUACAUAUGAUUAUAAUACGAAUUUAGAAACACAUUUCAAACCGAUUUGUAAUUAUUGCAAUGAAUUGACUUUCUUGUCCCAAUUAAUAUACAAACAGAUGAUUUGUUCUUAAGAAUUUACAUAUAACAUAUAACAGAUUUAAGUCUGACUCUGAAUAGAUUUAGGCAAGAAACUCUCCGAAAUUGUUGAAUUGUUUUUAUAUAGGUUUUCUAUGUUCAGAACAAUAAAACAUUCGAGUGAAACUUACUGCAUUCAAAACUUCCAAUACUCUGUUAAAUACUUAAAUUCUCAGUUAUAGUAUAUGUGAUACGAUUAUAUAAAUGAUGUAAUGAUACGUAAUAACAACACAAAUCAGAGGUUAUUAGGUCUGUUUUCGAGAAUAAU